CACCGAUCAUGGAAAGAGCCGAAUAUCUCGGCUCGGUCAUGUGAUCAACUGUGUCCAAUCACAGCUGAUCACAUCACUGAUGAUCAGUGUGCCCUGAUGAUCAGUGUAGCCCCAGCAAUACCACCUGCCAGUGUCCAUCAGUGCCUUGUGUCAGUGCUCAUCAGUGCCUCGUGCCAGUGCUCAUCAGUGCCACAUCAGUGCCAUAUCAGUGCCUACCAGUGAAAAUCAAUGCCACAUAUCAGUGCCCAUCUGAGCUGCCUUUCAGUGUCACCCAUCAGUGCCAGUCAGUGCCACCU